GAGGAGUUUUGUGUAUGUGGUAAAGAGGCUCAAUAAGAUACUGGAGAUAAGAUUGUAAAGGAGCUGGGACUGUUAUCUACCAGAACUUCAACAACAACAACAACAAUGGCCUCAGCCUCAGCUUCUCUACCCAAGUCAUCUCCCGUUCUUGACAAGUCUGAGUGGAUUAAGGGCCAGACCAUCCGUCAGCCAUCUGUCUCUGUGGUUAGAUGCCACCCCAAUGCCCCUUCUUCUCUCACCAUUCGUGCCAGUUCCUAUGCUGAUGAGCUUGUCAAAACUGCAAAAACUGUUGCAUCUCCAGGGCGUGGAAUUUUGGCCAUGGAUGAGUCAAAUGCAACCUGUGGAAAACGUCUUGCCUCAAUUGGGCUAGAGAACACUGAGGCCAACCGCCAGGCAUACCGUACUCUUCUUGUUUCAGCCCCAGGCCUCGGCCAGUACAUCUCCGGUGCCAUCCUCUUUGAGGAGACCCUCUACCAAUCCACCACUGAUGGCAAAAAGAUGGUUGAUGUUCUGGUUGAGCAAAACAUUGUCCCUGGCAUCAAAGUCGACAAGGGUUUGGUUCCCCUUGCUGGUUCCAAUGAUGAGUCUUGGUGCCAAGGUCUUGAUGGCCUUGCUUCUCGCUCAGCAGCUUACUAUCAACAGGGAGCUCGUUUUGCCAAAUGGCGUACUGUUGUGAGCAUUCCCAAUGGCCCAUCUGCUUUGGCUGUGAAGGAAGCAGCCUGGGGUCUCGCCCGUUAUGCUGCCAUUUCUCAAGAUAAUGGAUUGGUCCCAAUUGUGGAGCCAGAAAUCUUGUUGGAUGGUGAGCAUGGCAUUGACAGGACUUUUGAAGUAGCCCAGAAGGUUUGGGCAGAGGUUUUCUACUACCUGGCUGAGAACAAUGUGAUGUUUGAAGGAAUCCUUCUCAAGCCUAGCAUGGUGACCCCUGGUGCUGAAUGCAAGGACAAGGCCACACCUCAACAGGUUGCAGACUACACUCUCAAGCUCCUCAAGAGGAGAAUCCCACCGGCCGUUCCAGGCAUCAUGUUCUUGUCUGGUGGGCAAUCUGAAGUUGAAGCAACGUUGAACUUGAACGCCAUGAAUCAAGCUCCAAACCCGUGGCACGUGUCAUUUUCGUACGCAAGAGCUCUACAAAACACCUGCCUGAAGACAUGGGGAGGCAGGGCAGAGAAUGUGAAGGCAGCUCAGGAGACACUCCUUGUGCGUGCCAAGGCCAACUCACUUGCUCAGCUUGGCAAGUACACAGGUGAAGGAGAGUCGGAAGAGGCAAAGAAAGGAAUGUUUGUGAAGGGCUAUGUCUACUAAAUUGUUUGAAGCAAAGCUGACGAAGGUAGGAGUCCGGUGAUGAAGAUGAAGAAGGAAACUGAAUGAUGAUAAGUUCUCUUAGCUCAAAUGUGUUAAUGCAUGGAUGGAGACUAUUUUUGUUUCAUGAUGAUAUUACAAUGUACUUUUACCUCUUAAUAAUAAACUUAUUCUUAAUGAGGUUA